CACAAAAAUUCAAAAACAAUUUUAAUUAUAUUAAUGGACAAACACAACUCCAACUUCAAUUCAAUUUUUUUUUUUAUUUUCAUGGUCAAAUGCUCACUAAAACUCUUUAGUUGAGUAAUUUUAUUGAUAAAAAAUAAAAUUGAAUGAUUUCAGUAUUCAAAAUUUCCUAAUUAAAUGAACUUUUGAGAUGUUCGUAGUCAGUUAGUAGUAGGCUGUUGAUCUAAGAAAAAGCUACUUAGACCAAUUAAUUAAUCUGUCCAUCAACUCUGCUACAUGAAAUGCACGAAUACGGCUGCAACACGUGGCCACUUCUUAUUGGCUAAAAGAAAUCAAAUCGUUGUGGGACUAUACUUUCUUGUUGUCGUUGUUAAAGUGGUAGAUUAAAAGUGGCGUUUAAUGAUAAUAUUUGUAUCUUAAGUUGUUUUCAUGAUCUCAUAAAUCUGGUUAUCUGCAUUAAAUCAUACUCCCUCAGCUUUAUUUUACUCUGUUAUAUUUGAUCAUCAAGUGUACUGUACAUAUCUAUAUAUUCUUUGGGUAAAUCCAUGUUUUCAUGGAAACUGCAACAGAGCUUCAGUUUCUCUAUGUAAUAUUCGCAAUGUGCUUAUCAUUAAUUGAUGAAAGAGUUGAUAAAUGGAAAAUUAAAUUAGUUUCUGAUGUGAAGGCUUUUUUUUUUUUUUUCGAAUAAUGUAAAUGUAGGCCCCUAUUUUGCUUGUUGAUAUGAAGGCAAAACUGAAGGCAGAGAAGAAGCCAUUAAGUCCAUCUUCAACAAUGGGUUCUUCAAAUUAUGCAAAAAGGAGAAGCUUCAGUAGACCCUCUUGGCUUCUUUGCACUGUUACUGGAUUUGGAUGAGAAGAUGAAGAAGGUGGCUCUUAAAAUCCCAGAGAAAGACACUUCUGAUAGUUUUGCAGAACGCGCCGAUGCCUAUUACCAGCAAAGACCACAGCUCUUGGCUUUGCUUCAAGAAUUGUACAUCGCUACUGCCAAGCACUUGCCAAGAACCAUAAUCAUCGUCGAUACUCUUCCCCAAUUCCACCACUAAGUUACAAUGAGAAUGGUUACUGUAAUGAGGAAGACAAUUCCACCACUAAGUCAAUUGAUUCUGAUGCAGAGAGUUCAUUGUCAUAUCAGCCUUCCUUUCCACCUUCAACACAAAACAAAAUUGAUGUUGAAAUGAUAGUUGCUGACUUAGUGAUCAGCAAUGUGGACUAUGAUUUCGUUUUGGAUGAGCUCAAUCAAGU